GAUAAAUCACCGUGCGGAGCGCGAGGUGCACAAUGUGUGAGUGUGACGCGUUCUCUCAGGCACUCGUGCAUCCAACAGCACACACACCCGCUGCUAGCACGUCUCCUUGUGCUGCCAAAACAGCUCUGAUACGUCAAUGACGUACUCCACAAGACCACUGAACGUGUGCUGUGGUAUCUGGCAUCAAGACUUUAGCCAAAUCAUUUAAGUUAUGUACAUUAUGUUGUGAGGUGCCUACGACUGUGCAGAUGUCAGAGCAUCAUGGCAGCUUUUAAAGGCAUUUGGACCAAAGCAUUCUGGCGUGCAGUAUCUGGUGAAUUCUUAGCCACGCUAAUCUUUGUACUUAUUAGUCUUGGCUCAACCAUCAACUGGGCAUCAGACAAGGAUAAUCCGCCACCUGCUGACCUGGUGCUCAUCUCACUCUGUUUCGGGUUGAGCAUCGCUACCAUGGUGCAGUGUUUCGCUCAUAUUACUGGAGGCCACAUAAACCCGGCUGUGACUGCUGCCAUGCUUGUUGCCAGAAAGCUGAGUCUUGCCAAGGCCUUGUUUUACGUACUUGCGCAGUGUUUGGGUGCCAUCACCGGGGCAGGGAUUCUCUUCCUGGUUACACCAAGUGCUGUUCAAGGCAGUUUAGGUGUUACAAUGGUGAACUCGAAUAUCUCAGUGGGUCACGCCCUGGUUGUGGAGCUCUUGAUCACAUUUGAACUCGUCUUCACCGUGUUCGCUACCUGUGACAACAAACGAAAUGACCUCAAUGGAUCGGCUAGCCUCGCCAUCGGUAUUGCCGUAGUCAUCGGCCACCUUUUUGCGAUCCCUUACACUGGAGCCAGCAUGAACCCUGCUCGCUCUUUUGGACCUGCAGUCAUCACAUUCAAAUGGGAAAGCCACUGGGUAUAUUGGGUCGGGCCCAUUUUAGGUGGCAUUCUGGCUGCUGCGAUGUACGAGUACCUGUACUGUCCAGACCCUGAACUGAAGAAAUGCUGCAAAGAGAUGGUCAUUAAAGAUACUUCAGGAAAAUACAAAGAGGUGGAGUGUUCCAUCAGCCAGCAUGGUGGAGAGCCAGAUGAUAUUACAAUUCGCCCCGGUUCUUCAAACGAUACGGAGAAAGGGGAGAAGAAGGAGGCUUUACAGGACGUCUCUGGCGAUGGGUUGUCGUCCGUAUGACUAUCAGUCAUGCUGGUGAAGGAGACUAAUGUGUAACAUGUCUCCAUCACCAGUAUGUCAAGAUGAUUCUGCACUUUAUCCAAUGCUAAUCUGGCUAACAGUGAAUUAAAUCAUGCUGACUAACAAUGACUAAAGGCAUGCUGGAACCACCUUUCCUAUAUAUUGUAUGAGAGCUAAAUUUAUCUUUAUCCACUAAGACCUAAAACUUGUCCCCAGGAGACCACGUCCUUGCAGCACAUCUAACAAAGUGUGUUUCAGUUGACGAGUGUCCUGUCUGUGUUUAAUUCAAUGCGACAAAAAAAACGCUUCAAAUGUCUCCCAGGAGUGUAACGCAAUACCUCUGUCCGUGUCUUUUUAACACUUCGAAUAUUUCUAUCCGUUUAUGAUUUAAUCCCAGAGUGGGUGUUGCCCAAAUUGGAAAGCUUUUAUUCUUAAUUAAAUAUAAACCGUACCACUCUUCCCUGGGAAACUCUGGAUAAAACCUAGAAUGCCAAGCAAUUCCAACAUGUCCUGUAAAUUCUACCAGUUCCCCAACCUCAGCUACAUGAUUUAAAUUCAUAACUGGACGUUGCUAUGGUUGGAAGGGAUGAGAGGUUUAACCCUUUGAGACUAUGACUCAUCAUCAGUUGCAUUAUCAUUACCUCACUAACUCUUCCAAAGAAUGAAUAAAUAACAACCAUCCAAUGGUUGUACACUAUCAACAGUGCCACCUGCUGACCGGAAUAGAUUCUGUUCUGUUCUGUUCUGUUUAACAGCACGAUAUAUACGUUUUAACUGCAUAUAGCGGAAUGAAUGAAAGUGUAACAUAUGUGUUUCUUUACUGCUUAGUCUUAGUACUUCAUUGUGUACAUGCAGUACUUAGUACAUGCUACGCCGCUGUAAAUGGCAUCAACUCAAGAGUUUAGUUUUUUAAUCCCACUCACACAGUUAUUAGAUUUAUUUAAUCAUCUGUGAUAAUAUUUUCCGCUUAUCCGAACUACCUCAGGUCACGGGGAGCCUGUGCCUAUCUCAGGCGUCAUCGGGCAUCAAGGCAGGAUACAAUCCAUCACAGGG